AUGAACAGUAGUAAUAUAACAACAAAUAUUCAUACAAGUUCAAAAGAAAUUCAAACUUCGCAACAUUUGAAGAAAGCUGAGAGAGUUGCAAGUUUUGAGCGAGAUGUUUGGUCCAUCUUUACACCAUUGGCUGCACAACUCAAGGCUGUUAACUUGGGACAAGGCUUCAUGAAUUAUCCUCCACCUGAUUUCAUAAAAGAUGCAGCAAGAUCUGUAUUUUCAGAUACCGAUAAUAAUCAGUACAGUCAUCCGAAAGGAAGAAUACGUCUAAGAAAAGUGUUAGCAAAAGUGUAUAAACCCUAUUUUAAUAAUAGAAAUCUGGAUAUUGAAACUGAGAUUAUAAUCACAGCUGGCGCGAAUGAAGGCAAGAGAUCAAUUUUUUCUAAACUUUAA